UAAGGAUGAUGCCAUUGAUCAGCAUGGGCUGACCUGACCAAUAAAAGAUGUCCAGUACGCUGAUGGUGGUCAAGUCUGACCCGAGGGACGCUGGAUCUCAGCGCUGUCGCCUCGGACCACAGCUCAUGGUGAAGCUCGGCCUCAACAUGGGCGAUCACGUCAAGGUGUCCCUCGCACAGGCAGAACUGCUGUGUAAGGCCUGGCCUCGGCAGGACCUGGCCGAGGGAAUUCUCCAAGCAGAUCGCUUCGUCUACAAAGAAGUUGAUAAAAGAAAUGUAGCAGAAAAGUUUGUUGAGGAAACCUGUGUAGAAAAGGUGGAAGUUGGAAAACUGAUACAGGCUGAUGUAGCAGUUGUUGUAGCUGGUGGUUUGAAAAAUGCCGUAGUUAAAGACAAGUCAUUACUUGGUCUAUACAUCGGUCAAAAACUUUUAAAUGUUGCUGUUUUCAGAGACUGCACGGUAUCAUAUGCAAAUAGGUCUUUCUUGGACAAUAUUGCCUAUGUCUUGGUGAAGGAUGUCAAAUGUGCAGAUUGCAAACAGGAUGCUGGUUAUGUGACAAAGAAAACAGAAUUUAACGUUCUAGAAGUGAUCAGGUUAGAACAAUAUAACCAGCGUCAGCAGUCGUCAGACAUCGCUCUCGGUGCGCUCCAUCGCCAGGCCUCGGUGAUAAAAGAAGCGAUCAGCCUCCCUCUGAUGUACCCACAGACUUUCAACAAACUCUGCAUCAAUCGACCAAUGGGAAUCCUCCUGCUCGGCCCACCUGGAGUUGGCAAAACCUCAUUGGUCAAGACAGUGGUAGCAGAAUGCCACGCCCACCUGGUGGCAUUAAACGGACCAGAUGUCUUUGGGCCACACCCGGGAGAAAGUGAAGAGAACCUGAGGAGGAUUUUUCAAGAAGCUGUCACAAUAUCAGAAGAGGGGCCCUGUGUCUUGUUCAUAGAUGAGUUGGAUGCCUUGUGUCCAAAACGAGGCGGCUCAGGAAAAAAUCAAGAGAACAGAAUGGUUGCACAGAUGCUGACUCUGAUGGACGGCUAUGCCGGGCGGGGCAGGCUGGUCGUGAUCGCGGCAACCAACCGGCCCAACGCCAUCGACCCUGCCCUCAGGAGACCUGGCAGGUUUGACAAAGAGGUACACGUAGGUGUCCCCAAUCAGCAGGAUCGUCUAGAGAUCCUCCAGGUGGUGAGCAGGGACAUGUCCCUCGCAGAGGACGUUGACCUCAGCAGGCUGGCAGAGAUGACUCCAGGCUAUACAGGUGCUGACCUGACAGCUGUCUGCCACCUGGCAGCCUACAGCUUACUGAGCAGGAGCCAUGCACAGACACAGGAUAAGAUACCGACACAGAUCAGUAUGGCGGCUCUUCGCAAAGCGCUGACCGAGAUCCGACCCUCGGCCCUGAAAGGCUUUGACGGGACCACAGAGGUCAGCCCUGUGGACUGGUCUGCCAUUGGUGGACUGGAGGAGGUGAAGGUCAAACUACAGCAGGCAGUGGUGUGGCCUCUCCUACACAGUGAAGCCUUCUCUAGACUGGGACUACCUCGUCCCAAAGGCGUGCUACUGUACGGCCCUCCAGGCUGCUGUAAGACGACGCUGGUACGGGCAGUGGCAGGCGCCUGUCAUGCCACGUUCCUCGCCGUCAGCGGAGCCCAGGUGUAUUCACCAUUUUUGGGGGAGUCUGAGAAGACGAUAAGUCAGGUCUUCCAGCGUGCCCGGGCUGCGGCUCCUACCAUCAUCUUCCUGGAUGAGAUAGACUCGCUGGUGGGUAAGCGCGGAGAGGGCGUCCAGAGUGGGGUACAGGAGCGCGUCCUCUCCACGCUGCUGAACGAGAUGGACGGGGUGGGCGUGGAGAUUUCAAGGUCAGGCGGCUCUGCAAAGGUCGCAGAGGGGUCAAGUUGUGACGGUCAGCUAGAGGAGAAGACUGUUCCAGUAACAAACAACAACGUCCUGGUGGUGGCAGCGACCAACCGUCCUGACCUGCUGGACCCCGCCCUGCUGCGUCCUGGUCGUGUGGACAGGACCAUCUACGUACCACCUCCUGACUCUACAGCUAGAGCAGAGAUCCUGCGUGUCCACAGCAGGAAGAUGCCGCUGGCACAGGAUGUGGACAUACAGGAGCUGGCAGACAGGACCAACAUGUACUCUGGUGCAGACCUGGAGAACCUGUGCAGGGAGGCUGCCAUGCAGGCCCUACAACAGGAGGGUUUGGAUGCAGGGGUGGUGAGACAUGCCCACUUCAUGGUAGCCCUGCAGGACACUGCCCCCUCUCUCCAUGAAGAGGAACUGCAGCAGUAUCAGGCUAUCUUCUCCAAAUAUAUAUGCACCCUCCACCGUGGGCAAAAUCGCAUUGCGGUUCUCACGGUCUUUCAUAGGCGGCGCUUUUGUAUUUACCAAUCCUUUCAGCUCAGUCACCACGUGAUCAUUGAAAGCAAAAUGGCGCCACCGAAGGCGAAAUUUCAGGAAACAGCAAAAGUCCGUCCAGGGGCAGAAGGACGAGCGCAGGAGAGAGCCCCACAGUCAGUCGGCAAAUAUACAAUAGAUGAGAAGGUGCUGUGUUUUCACGGGCCACUGCUGUACGAGGCCAAGGUACUGGAGGUACAGCAUCCUUCCAAAGGACAGGCCAAGGACAAACAAGUCCGAUACUUCAUCCACUACAGCGGCUGGAACAAGAACUGGGAUGAGUGGGUACCGGAGAGCCGUGUGUUAAAGUUCAGCGAUGCCAACCAGGGCAAACAGAAGGAACUUAGAGAAGCACAGGCAAAAGUUAAGAAGCAGUCCAAGGUGAAGCCGCGGGGCCAGGGCCCGCCUGAGGGGGGUGAGAAGGGGGAGGGCAGCCGGUCGUCCACCCCAUCUGUGGAGAAACAACAGGCGAAGAGAGGUGAGGCUGCUGAACAGACCCCGAUCACAGAACCUCCUCGGAAGAAGAGAGUGCGAGCUGACCCUACAGUAGAAGCGGAGGAAACCUUCAUGACCAGGGUGGAGAUCAAGGUGAAGAUUCCUGAUGAGCUGAAGCCGUGGCUGGUGGACGACUGGGACCUCAUCACCAGGCAGAAACAGGUAAAGUUGUUCCAUCUGCCAGCCAAAACCAACGUGGAGAAGAUCCUGGAUGACUAUCUGCAGCAGAAAAAGUCCAAAGGACUCUCUCCGAACCAGGAGAGUGCCAUACUGGAGGUGACAGCAGGAAUCAAGGAGUACUUCAAUGUCAUGCUGGGCACACAGCUUCUCUACAAGUUUGAGAGACCGCAGUAUGCUGAGAUCCUGGCAGACCACCCUGACACACCUAUGGCUCAGAUAUAUGGGGCACCCCACUUACUGAGACUGUUUGUGAAACUGGGGAGCAUGCUGGCCUACACACCUCUGGAUGAGAAGAGUGUACAACUGCUGCUCACACAUCUACACGACUUCUUAAAAUAUCUCCAGCGGAAUUCUUCAUCCCUCUUCAACGUGGCUGACUACGAGGUGGCUCCUCCAGAGUACCACAGAAAGGCCGUGUAGAACUGGGACGUUUCUCUCACAGAUGUGUACAUGUACUGUUGGAUCAGGAGAACUGCUGAUGUGUUCUUCAGUCAGCUGGGCAGAUGUAAAGACUAAAAACUGACAAAGUAGUCAGUGGGAUCAUGUCAUCUUUCAAACAGUUUCAUUCCACUUGAAAAGAAGUUUCAGUGGCUAUGAAUUAACUUGGUACAAAGUAAAUGUUAUCUGCUGAGAAGUUGCAGUACAGGAGUAUACUGAUAGGGGGAAGGCAGUAGAUGACAUCUUUCAAGUCCUUAUAAAGUCAUGGUACAUCUACUAUUACCCAUGGGCAACAAACCGGAUGGGGCGAUAUAGUGGUAUAAACAUGUAUUAAACAUAUAGACAUCAUGUGUACUAAUAUUAUUGAUAUUAGUAUGUGUAGUAAGUUAAGCUUGUAUGACCGCAGUCCACAUGAUUAGGUACAUGUCUGUCCCAUUCCAUGAGUGGACAUGGAUGCUAGGAGAGGAAGAAAAUGGAAUGGAGCAAAAGACUACAAAUGACUUUGUACAUUGGAUGUACUUUUUGUAAAGAAGGAAUAAAAUUGUGUAUGGAACAUU